UAUAAAAACAACUCAACCUCAACAUUCUAGCAUCUCACAAUACAUAUACUAUACAAUUCUUGAACUUGCUCACCAAAGAAAAUAAAAUACAAUUCUGGAAUUUUCUGUUUGGCUUGUCAUCAAUUUGUUGCUUUGAAAUUGGAAGAUAUGUGUCCUCUUAGGUUCAUCUUGAUCUUCUUCUCGGCCGUCUUGGCCGCUUAUUUUGCGUGGACCACCAUGAGCUCCACCACUCCGGAGAUUGACUUCACUGAUCACGAGCGCAAGGAUAAAUCCUCCUCCAACAAGGAACAUUUCAGUUUCAUAAAGAUGGUUAAGAAUGGAUUUUGGGUAUUCGUUGACAUGGCCAGUGGAAGGUAUCUUUGGAAACAUUUGAGGUCCUCAAAUGAUCAUGUACAACUGCAGAGCUCUUAAAAAUUCAUAUUUUGCAGUAACUUGUAAUUCUUUUAUUUCUUUUCUUCACCAAUGGAUGUCAUGUGACAGAAACUUUGUAAAUAUCAGAGUUUCAUUUUCCUUUUUCUUUUCUGGUAUUAAU